GAGCGUUUUGGAAUGUUCGAGCACCUACUUGAUGAUGCAUAUGCUGUUCAUCAACCAACGCAGAGAGAAUAUCAACAACGCAAGGAAUUGGUUCAAGUAUUCAACAGAAUAGCACGAGAAUUAUAUGGUAAAAGCGUUGAUUGUCCCACUGUGGAGGAAUUUGGAUCCUUCUCGAUGGGUCUUUUUACCUCCGAAAGUGAUCUAGAUCUAUCCAUCAACUUUCGCAACAGUGCAAAUGUGUCUUCGCGAUAUCAGGUUAUUGCAACGCUUCGAAGGUUCAAGAAGAAGAUGUAUGCACUUAAAGAUGAAGGGCUUGUUUCUGACAUCCUGCCUAUUUUGAAUGCAAAGGUGCCUGUCCUUAAAGUUGUUGAUGUUGCAAGUGGCAUAGAAUGUGACCUUUCAGUUGAGAACAGGGAUGGAAUUUCCAAGUCAAAAAUUAUUUACAUGAUUUCUUCACUAGAUGAAAGAUUUCAGAAGCUAUGUAUCUUGAUGAAAACUUGGGCAAAAGCUCAUGGUGUUAAUAGCCCAAAAGAUCGAACCCUUAGCUCAUUUUCUAUAGUAUUAUUGGUUACUCUUCAUCUGCAGACUCGAGAGCCUCCGAUUUUGCCUCCAUUUUCUGCUAUAUUAAAAGAUGGCGAAGAUCUUGAAAUGGUUAAAAAAUAUGUUGAACGUUUUGAGAACUAUGGAAGAAGAAAUACAGAAUCAUUGGGAGAGCUAUUUUUUUCAUUCCUAAUAAAGUUGGCAUCUGUUGCAAAGAUAUGGCCGAAAGGUUUAUGUGCCAGCCCAUAUCAUGGAAGAUGGAUAUCUAAAACAUGGACUAGAAUUGCCAGCAUAAGUGUUGAGGAUUUUACAGACCACACUCAAAAUGUUGCAAGAGCGGUUGGAAGCGAGGAAGCUGACGUAAUUUAUGGUCGUAUCGUGCUUACCAUUCGCAGUCUUAGUUCAUUCAUGAAUGGUCACAUUAACGAAUCCGACCUAAAAGAAUCUUUGUUUGGCGAUGCUGGUAUUUCUAGAAAUACUGUACAAUCGGUUAUGAUUAGUAAACCUAAAGAAAGAAGAAAUCAGCAAGAUAUGAACAUUAAUUCCUUCCAGAACAGAAAAAGGGUGGUGACUUCUGAUGGUUGGGAGGUACAAGCUACCCAAAAUUCGACAACAAGGAUAAGGCCACCCACAGUCGGAUAUUGGAGACCAAAGCAGAAUCAAGAUCUGACCUUGCCGGUGAACAAUGAUACAGCCCCAGAAACUCCACAGGCAGUGCAGCCAGUCAUGCCUGUUGACCUUCAGUCAACCAAGAAGACACAGGGUUCAGACAGUUCAAAGUUAGGAGGUAUACCUGAAGCAACCCAAUCUUGGGGAGGACUAGGUAUUGGAGAUUGGGGAGGACUCGGGAGUGGACAAAGCUGGGAAGGACCUUCUAGUUAUAAUGGAUUCUGGGGUGGCUUCUAG